AGCGCGAGCAGUGACAUGGAAGCGAGGCUGACAGCUGGCCCAUCCCGGUCUCCAUGGCAACUGGACGCGAAACAUGUGAUAUCAGCUGGGAGGACACCCAGCAAAGCCGCGAAUGAACUUCUCCGUAACUUUGGGAAACUUUCUGAAGAUUUUGCCAGUCGGCUGCGGCCCCCGAUGAUGAUGAUGAUGGGCAGCGCUAAGCGCCCGCCCCCCUCCCGCUGCAGUAGCACGGUCCCGGUCCUGCCGCAGAUCAAACCUCCGCACGCCACCAAGAUCUACACGCUACCCGGCGUGAAGACGCUCACCGCCACACACCCCAUCCCGAGGUUAAACCCGCUGUGCCCCCCUCCCCACGAGGGCCGGAGAAACGUGAGUCUGGAGACCGUCGAGACGCAUCAUCACAACCUGCAGCGCAGCCUCACCAUGCAGCAGGCAGAGCACUUUCGCUUCCACAACUCCUGGAGAAAACCUUACUACGGCACACCUGCCGAGAAGGAGUCACACAGGAAGAACAUCCGGCUGAUUCUGCAGGAGCAGAUGGCCGAGCGGAUGCAGAUGCAGCGCGAAUCGUUCCGGGACCGGAAGCAGGAGAGCGAGUUUGCCGUGCAGCACGACAGACAGUGCCUCACGGACGACGCCCUGAACCAUCGCAAACGCGCCGAAUACCUACAACACUUCCGGGAUGAGAACAAGAAGUUGAUGGAGUGGAAGUGGGACCAGAUGAGACAACAGAGACAACGGCAGGACCAGCUCGACAGGGAGAUCAUGAAAUACAACCCCAUCAACUGGAGCGGCUCACUCAAGUAGCACCGAAAACCCCUUCACACCCCAUCAACUGGAGCGGCUCACUCAAGUAGCACCCAAAACCCCUUCACACCCCAUCAACUGGAGCGGCUCACUCAAGUAGCACCGAAAACCCCUUCACACCCCAUCAACUGGAGCGGCUCACUCAAGUAGCACCGAAAACCCCUUCACACCCCAUCAACUGGAGCGGCUCACUCAAGUAGCAC